CUCACAUCAUGGCGGACGUGGCUGCGGAGCAGAAGCUGGUCCCCGACCGGGAACUAAACGGCGAGGCGGAGGACAAGGAGGAGAUCCGGGAGGAGGCCGAGCCGGUAGAGGAGACGGCCAAGAAGAAGAAGAAAAAGAAGAAGAAGAAGGACAAGUCAGCCACGACAGUCACCGAGACGGCAGAGACGGAUGGCGGCGUGUCCGAAGUGAGCAAACAGCUGGAGAAGCAGGCGAUAGACGACAAAGAGAAGGAGGAGGACGGAGAGGAAGAUGGAGAUGAGGGAGAAAACACUGCAGGGAAAAAGAAGAAGAAGAAAAAGAAGAAGAAAGGACCUAAAACUCAGACUGAUCCCCCGUCUGUGCCAAUCUGUGAUUUAUAUCCAAGUGGAACGUUCCCCAUGGGACAGGAGUGUGAAUACCCCACCUUACAGGACGGUCGCAGUGCAGCGUGGCGUACGACCAGCGACGAGAAGCGAGUGCUGGAUAAAGCCAACGAGGAGGUGUGGAACGACUUCAGACAGGCAGCCGAGGCCCACAGACAGGUCCGCCAGCAUGUCCGCAGCUUCCUGAAACCCGGCAUGACCAUGAUAGAAAUCUGCGAGCGGUUGGAGGAUUGUUCCAGGAAGCUGAUCAAGGAGAACGGGCUGAACGCCGGCCUGGCUUUCCCCACCGGCUGCUCUCUGAACCACUGUGCUGCCCACUACACUCCCAACGCCGGAGACCCCACCGUUCUGCAGUACGACGACGUCUGCAAGAUCGACUUCGGCACGCACAUUAACGGGCGAAUCAUUGACUGUGCCUUCACCGUCACAUUUAACCCAAAGUAUGACAAGCUGCUCGAGGCCGUGAGAGACGCCACCAAUACUGGAAUCAAAAAUGCCGGUAUUGACGUGCGUCUGUGUGACGUCGGAGAGUCGAUUCAGGAGGUGAUGGAGUCAUACGAGGUCGAGCUCGACGGCAAAACCUACCAAGUGAAGCCAAUCCGAAACCUGAACGGUCAUUCAAUCGGACAGUACAGGAUACACGCUGGCAAGACGGUGCCCAUCGUUAAAGGAGGAGAAGCUACGAGAAUGGAGGAGGGAGAAGUUUACGCCAUCGAGACGUUCGGCAGCACGGGGAAAGGAGUAGUCCACGAUGACAUGGAGUGCUCUCACUACAUGAAAAACUUUGACGUCGGUCACGUUCCCAUCAGGCUGCCGAGAGCGAAGCACCUGCUCAACGUGGUCAACGAGAACUUCGGCACGUUGGCGUUCUGCCGGCGCUGGCUGGACCGCCUCGGCGAGAGCAAGUACCUGAUGGCUCUGAAGAACCUGUGUGACCUGGGCAUCAUAGACCCUUACCCGCCUCUCUGCGACACCAAGGGCUGCUACACCGCUCAGUUCGAGCACACCAUCCUGCUCAGGCCCACCUGCAAGGAGGUGGUGAGCCGGGGAGACGACUACUGACACCCCCAACCCCCCCCAAAACACACCCUAACACCACCCACCUUCUCUCAACACCUCCUCCUCCUCUUCCUCUUCCUCCUUCUUCUUCACCUCCACCACCACCACCACACAGGACCCCCGUUAGCAGCUCCUCCUUCUUCAGAGAAUCAGCUCAAACAGCAGCAGCACCCCCCACCCCCCCCCCACCCCAAAAAAAAAAAGAACCGCUACUGUACUGUAUUCUACCCACAAUGCACCACUCUCACACCACACAGCUUUGCAAUGAAGAAGGACUGGCUGAGUUUUUUUUUGUUUUUUUUUCUAUCACAGCUUUAACGAGCACACAGCGUUAACGAGUUUCUGUCGGAGGGAAGCGUUCAACACAUUAUUAAAAAAAAAAAAAUUUAACUGUCAAACAGUUAAAAAUGUAUUAUUUAAAAAGCUGCCGCUACGUUUUUAGCGCACACCUCCUCCCCCCCACCCCCUUCCUUCCUCUCCCCUCCCUACAGUAUUCAAACUGAUGUUGAGCGUGGGAAAUAAAAACCCUUUACUUUAUAUACAUACAUACCUCUCACUCUCCCCCCCCACCCUCUCUUUUUUCAUUUUCAAAGUUUCCAUGGCGACCCACUGAGCCUCCAGUGCAUCGUGCUCGAGUUAAAUUAAGCACAAAUGCUACUGACGGGGGGUUUGUUUUUGGUUUUUUUAAAGAUAGGGGUUCAGGCCAAAUAAAUAAAUGCAUGGCCGCGUAUCUCUGCAGACAAAGACGACGACGACUCCUUCGCAUCUUAAAUCUUAAAUUUGGGGAUGGAGGAGUGUGGGGGGG